AUGUCCGAUUGGACAGUUGAACAAGUCGUCAAAUGUGUCAAUAUUGUUCUUCGCGAAGGUGUAAGUCUUUUCAAUUAAAACAUAGGAAUAAAUAUUAAUGUUUUUGUUUUAUUUCCAGAUUGUUCCACAACUUUCAACAAGCGAACUCGAAGAAUUCGAAAAUCCGGAAAUUUUGGAUGAACCAAGACUGAACAAAUUAUUGAACAUAUUGUUCAAGAAAUCAGAAAGAAUUAAAGAAUUCUACGAUCGAUUCGAUGAUUUCAAACUGGAUCUCGAGAAAAUUCGCGAAAUUCCUGAACUAUAUCGAUAUGGUUAUGAUAAACCUGGAAAUAUAAAAUAUUUCCAAGCGAGUGGAGAAGCUGUUAUGUUUGUCAAUGAGAAAGACCAAAGAAUUGUGUCGAAAAACGAUAUAACAAUGAUGUUUUUCAAUGCUUUUGAUAAUGCAAAUCUGAAUGUAAUAACAAGAACAUUUUACAAUUUUUGGAUCGAUUGUUUUGUUCAACAAAUUUAUCGGAAGUUGAAUAAUAGUUAUGAAUUGGUUCUUCAUUCGGUUGGGAGUUCUAUUGAAUAUGCAGUUCAACAUACGAAUAUCACACGAGAUGUCAAUUUGAUCAUUCGAGAGAAAGAUUUUUAUGAACUUCGCAAAUAUUUCGGAGAUCGAAAAGCUGUGGUGGAUCAUAUAAUGACUACACAAUUCAAAGAAAUUCUUGAUGUAAAUUUCUUUUUUUUUAUUCAUUUAUUCAUUUUAUCAACAAUUUUCAGACUUAUCCGAUUCAUCAAAAUCAACAAUUGUACAGAAAAUCAUAUAUGGAUAUCGUGGGAUGCAUCGAAACUUCAUUGAAGGUUCAUAAAGAUUUUAUCGAGGUAUUUGAACCAUUUACAAAACCAUCUAAAUAUCGUCUACCAACUGUUCGAUGUUUUUGGAUUCCCGAUGCCUCUCAUGAAGUUCAUGAAAAAGUAUAUUUUGUGAAAGAAGUUUUGGAUUGUAUGAAAAUGUUGCGGGAGAAUUCAAAUAUUGAGAUUGUUAUUGAAUCGGAAGAAGAGAGAAAACUUGGAGUUGUUCAUUUAAUGAGUGAGAAAGAAUUCCAAGAAAUUCUGAAAACUUAUCAAAUUUCAAGAAGUGAAAUAAGUGUAAGAUUGUUUCAAAUUAUGGAUUGAAAAUUUAUACUUUUUUUUAGAUCAUGAAUUUGGCAACCAACCUCACCUCAUUUCUCACAACGAUUCCAUUUAUAUCAAUUUAUGGAACAUUUGUCAAAUUGGCUACUGAUGCAAUGCAAGAUGUUAUAUUUCAUACUGUUCAAAAUAUGCAGUUAUAUGAAAAUAUCAAACAAUCGGAUUUUCCAAAAGUAAUAAAAUGGAUUGAAGUCAAUCUCAAAGAUUUUUUCUUUGUCUCUGACAAAUUAUAUGCAAUUGAAGUGUGGAGAAUUGAUGAAAUGAUUGAAAAAGCUAGAAAUGAACUUCAGAAAUAUAAAUCGAAUGUGCCAAUGUUUGAAAUUCCACAAAAAUCUUCAUACGAAAAGAAAGAAGUUAUGGAAUAUAUUCAAAAAAUGAUGAAACCUCUAAAAUUCGAUAAACUAAAUUUUGAAGUUCAAUAUGAAUUCAGAGAUGAAAAAACGAAAAAUUCGAGAAAUGGUAUUCUCAAAUUAUACAAAGCAUGUGUACAAAUUGAAGUUAUGAAUCAAGUUGAAUAUAUCAAAUUGGCUUAUGAUAAACAAGUUUAUGAUAAAAACAUUGGCCUGGAAAAGUUUAUCAAAAAAAGUCCCGAAUCACCUGUAAAAGUUGCAAUUGCACAGUCAUCUGCUCCAAAACCAAAUAAUGAAUUCGCGGCAAUGAAAAAAGGAUUCUUGAAUCCCAAGAAAACUGAUAUUUUUGAGGAGGUGGCGAGAAAAAUUAGUGAAAUUUCUUUGUCAGUUUUUUCCUCAUAUUUUAUUUCCAAACUUUUAUUUGUUUUUCAGCAAAACUCUUGCUUAUUUUUCGAACACCGAAUUUCAACCAAUAUCAGAAUUCGAAAAACUAUUGGAAAAACCAGAUUUUUGUCAAGUUUUCAAUGAGAAGAAUUUUGAAUAUCUGAAGAAUACGAUAUUCAAAAAUAAAGAAAAAACGAAGAAAUUGAUGAAAAAAUUAGAGGAUUUAUUCGAAAUUGAAGAAAAUGAUGAAAAAUUGAUGAUAAAAAAAAGAACAAGUUAUAAAGUUGAUCCAAUGAAAAUGAAAAUAAUCGAAGAAAUUGAGGAAAAUGAAAAAAAGAAGAUUGAAAUUGAGAAAGAAAAUGAAAAAGAAAAAAUGAUGGAAAAUAUGAAAGUGGAAAAUUUGGAAAUGAAAAAGAAUAUAGAAGAACUUCGAAAACAAUUGGAAAAUAUAAAAAAUGAAGCGGAAAAUGAACGAAAAAUGUAGGUUUUUAUUCAUAGAAAUGUAUUUUCUCAAAUAAUUUUUUUUUUAGAUUUCACGAGGAAAUUUCUCUGAAAAAUGGAGAAAAUUUGAAAAUCGCUGAAAAUUUGGAAAAUUCGAAAAAAGAAUUGAAACAAGUUAGAAAAGAAUUGAAAGAAACACGUGGAACAUAUUCGAAAAUUGUUGAAGAAAAUCAAAAAGAAAUUGGAAAUUUGAAGAAAGAAACUCGAAAAAUGAAAGAAAAUCAGGAAAAUGAGAAGAAAAAGUAUGAAAAAGAAAUGAAAUUGAAAGAGAAGGAAAACAUGGAAAUAUCUGGAAAAUUGCAAAGAUUAGAAGAAAAUUCGGAAAAAUUGAAUUCGAAGAUCAAAAGUUUGGAAAAAGAUUUGAGAAAUGCGAAAAAUUCGGCGAAAAUUGAAAUGGAAAACAAUUUAAAAGUUAUUGAAAGAAAUAUGAAUGAAGCUGAAACAUCAAAAAAAUAUUUGGAAAAUGAAAAAGAAAAUAUGAAAAAACGAUUGAAACAAUUAUUGGAUGAAAAAGUUGAAGAAAAUGGAAAGAUUGAAGAAUUAUCAAAAGAAAACAAGAAACUUCGAGAAAAACUUGCGAACAAUUCGGAAAAAAUGAAAAAAUUCGAAGAUUGGUUUGAAAAUGGAAUCGACAAAAUGAGAAGAACUUCAAAAAAUCAAGAAAAAAUUGAGGAAAUAUGAACGAAUUUUGAAAAUUGAUUAUGAAACAAUUAUAGAUGAAAUAAGUUCGAAAUUAAAUGAACUUAUUCGAAAAUUCCCUGAAAAUUCCGAAUUUUUAUGUGCGAGAAAUGAAAUCGAAGAAUUUGAUGAAAAUUUAGAGAAUUAUAUGGAAAAUAUUCGAGAAGAAAUUAGAAAAAUUGAAAGAAAUCUAGAAGGAGAAUAUGAAGAAAAUGAAGAUAUUCAAGAAUUUCCAAAUCAAGAAUUUAUGCAAAAAUAUCAAAAAUGGGUCGAAGAAUACUUGUGA